UGACACUGUACUGAUUUUACUACUUCCUUUUCAAAAUGUCAAAAUCUGCCAAAAAGCAAGUGGAUGACUGCAAAGAACAUGGACAAGAAGAACUUGAUCUCAGUGAAAGAAACAUUACAAACAUAAUGGACGUGCCGGGACUACUUGGUUUGCGGCACCUUACAAAGUUAACACUUAGUCACAACCGAAUUGUAGUUGUUCCUCCAAGUAUAGCAGAACUACAAGGUCUGGAAUCAUUGAAUCUAUUUAAUAAUCACAUUGAGGAAAUUCCAAUCAACUUAAGUACUCUUCCUAAUCUAAAGAUCCUUAACUUGGCAGUUAAUCGACUUAAUGGUCUUCCGAGAGGAUUUGGUGCUUUCCCCAAACUGGAAAUACUGGAUUUGAUGUACAAUAACCUCAAUGAAAAUUCCCUUCCUGGAAACUUUUUUCUGAUUGAGACGCUACGUGCACUUUAUCUCGGUGACAAUGAUUUUGAGACAAUUCCAGCAGAGAUUGGUCAUCUACAAAAACUCCAGAUUUUGGUGCUAAGAGAUAAUGAUUUAAUAUCACUGCCAAAAGAAAUAGGUGGGUUGGAAAGAUUAAAGGAACUUCAUAUACAGGGGAAUCGGCUCACGGUGAUUCCUCCAGAGUUAGGUAAACUGGAUCUUGUUGGAGAAAGGCGCGUCUUUAAAGGUGACAAUAAUCCUUGGGCUGCACCAAUAGCUGAUCAGUUCCAAGCAGGAAUAAGUCACGUGUUUGAUUAUAUCAGAUCUGAUACUUAUAAAUAUUUAUAUGGCCGACACACCCAAGCGGCGGCAGCAGCACCACCAAAAACUAGUGACAAGUCGAAAAAGAUCAGCAGAAAAGCAAAUUCUGCGAGAAAAUGAAGAUGAUGCCAGGAGCUUUUCAGAAUUACCGGUAGUUACGUACUGGAAAAUAGAGAAAAAAAAGUAGUGAAUGACAUCACGUAGUAUCACAUCAUCAUGACAUGUUAUAAUUAUUAUUUACGUAGCUAUUCACAUUUUUGUUGGAUUGACAGCUGCGUUGAACUAGGCUGAGAAUAUACUAUUCCUAUCCAGCAGUCUGUGCAUAAUUGGUGUAAGGUUUGC